AUGGAUAAAACUAGAGGCGGCAUCAUUAAGCAAUCUGGUUCUAAUGCUUCUAAAAAUAAGAAAAGAAAGGCUGAACAAGUUUCCAAAGCUUUAAAAAAGAAAAAAUUUAUUGUUGAAGAACAUGAGUCAAACUUUGAUUCUGAUACAAUGGCUGAGAUUGACAACUACCAGGACAAUGAGAGUAGUAGAGAUACUCAAACUGGUGAUGAGGAUGAAGAUCCCCUGUCUUUGCCAAUUUGUGCAAAAGACAUUUCUGAUUUCAAGUUGAAUAAAGAGCAGAAGUUGAAGUGCUUGUUGGUUUUGUUCGUCCACACAAUGCUGCUUUCCGAUGAUCGAUCGAAAAUUGUGGAUUCAAGUCAUAUUAAGAUGAAACAGAGUCAAGUGUUUAACGAAAGAGAAAAUGCAUCGUAUGCUCUGUAUGACAUUCUCUGGGCAUUUCUGGAUGGGAUAUAUGAGGCUUUUCCUCAUCUUGGAAAGUAUGCCAAGAAGUCGUUGGAUUCUCCUUUACCCAUUUUUCGUUUACUUAGAUGGUACACCGCAAAAAAUGAUAAUAUUAUCGAAGGUGAUCCAUUUAAGUAUAAAGGAAAAAGUACAAAGGUUGUGCAUCCAUACUUCAUACCUACUGUCCGUGAGACAAAAAAGAACUACUUGACAACUUUAAAGCCAUAUGUGGACGAAGUGAAGGAUACAAUCCUCGAUGCCUUAAAGGCAAAUUUGAAAGGUGUGAUUGUCCGUACUUCAGCAGUAGAGAAUGUGGAGGAUGAGUAUUUAAGUUAUCAUAAUCCUAAUCAACCUUGUGAGAAUUAUGUACCAAGUACUUCUAAAGAUGAAACCACUAAUCUUGCAGUAGAUGAUGACAACUUUUCAGCACCAACAGUUGAUGACGAGAUUCUUCCAUUAGCUAUUGUCGAUGAUGAUCUUGUUGUUGUUGAUGAAUACUUUGCUAAAGAAGUUGAUGAAGUUGUAGAAGAGAUGAAAGAAGAAGAGAAAGAUCAAGAUGAAGAGAAGAUGACAUCAAAAGAAGAGGAGAAGCUAGAAGAAAAGAAAGAAGAAGAAAGUGACAAGGAGAAGCUGGAAGAGAAGAAAAAUGAAGAAAAUGAAGCAAGUGGAGAAGAAGACAAAGAACAACAAGAGGAGAAGAUAACAGAGGAUGAAGAAAAGGAAAAAGUGGAAGAAGAAAGCUUGGCCACUGAUGCGACAAAAAUGGAAAAAGAAGUUGACGUGAUGGAUAUUAUGAUAGAGCUUAAUGUUGAUGUUGGUGGUGAUGAGUAA